AUGGGACCUGAUGUUUUGAAAGAAGUCAUUGAGAAAGCUGAGUUAUAUCCUAUAAAAGGGUUGUUCAGCUUCAGAGAUUAUUAUGAGGAGAUUGAUUCCUAUUAUCAUCAAACUCUUGGCUAUGAACUUGGGGUUUCAACUGGAUGGAUGGCAUUAAAUGAAUUAUACAAUAUCUGUGGUGGUAGUCCAUUGGCCAAGGCUUUAGACCAUGAAGUUGUGCCAGGAGAGCUGACCAUAGUAACUGGAGUGCCAAAUUCAGGCAAGAGUGAGUGGAUUGAUGCACUUUUAUGCAAUCUUAAUGAAAGGGUUGGUUGGAAAUUUGCACUUUGCUCGAUGGAGAACAAGACCGUGGGUUUGAUGGGUUGGUCAUGUCGCCUGUGGCUUGGUUUGGAUAAUAUAGUAACUGCCCCAAUUUGGCUUGGGCCUAGUACGGAGCUAGGGCAUGGGCUUGAGCCAGAGGUGGUGAUUGGCUCGGACUGGGUCUGGUCAGUAUAUCCUGGCCUUGAGUCCGGCCCAACCAGACCAAGAGCAUCAGGAUGCUCUUAUUUUGAUUGGCCUGGCCCAUGGAAAGCCCUUUGUGAAGGGGGGAGUCGACUGAACAUCUCAGCCAUUGGAGAGAAUUUCGCCGGCAUCCGAUUCUCAAUUCUUGUUCACCCCGGAUGA